GGGGAUUUAAUAGCAAUUUUGAUGAUUUGCGGCACUAAUAAAUUGGAGUAUGAAAGAUUUAAGCAAUUUAAGAAUCACGUCUUUGAUGAGAAUUCGGCAAAAGAUCGAUUAAGGGUUUUUUUUUACAAUCCGAGAAAAGAGAAAAAUCUCGAAAAAUGGCGGGCAAGAGCAGGCAAGAGCUAGGGUUAGAAGGCCAGAGGCACUUAGAAGAGACAAUCGACGCCGCCUUCCACAUUCUCUCCUCGAUGAACGACGAGCUCUGCAACCCCGCUCUCUGGUCCACGUCAUCAUCCUCCGCCGCCGCCGCCGCCGCCGCCGGAUCCGCCGGAGACGCCUCUUCCGAUUCCUCCAACCACCCCUCCGACUCCGCUUCCGCCGCCGCUUCCGUUGCCGGAGGCGCGGCGGCGGCGCGGCGCGGAGCUCUCGAUGAUGCUAGAUUGAGAUACAGGUCCGCGGUUGCUGCCCUGCGAGCUGUUCUCGCUGCCGUGCCCAAUUCGACUCAGGAGAUGGCCAUGGAGGUUGAAGUAGAUCAAGCCGUAAGAAAGUAUGUCUUCUUAAUGCAGGAAAUAGCAAACAAAAAUAAUCACCUCAAGCUUCUAAUUGAUCAACUCCGAGAUCUAAUUGCUGACUUAGCAAUGUGGCAGAGCCCUUGUUCAGUAUGAAAACUUUGAGGUGCAUGGUUCAUUAUGUAACUGAGUUAAGGCUUCACACCGAAAUCGAGCUUUCUGAUUGAAGCUUAAAUAUCCUAUGUAGAGAUUUGAAAGUGGAAGAAGAGGAGGAAAAAAUGUUAUAAUGUCUCCCAUGUCCAUUGAAUACUUCGAAGGAAGAUCGUAGUUACCUAGGCUUUCCUUAGCUUUUCCAAGAAAUAUUAUUACAAUGAUCGAUGAUUGGUCUUGCUAGUCUACUUUGUACAAUAUUUCCAAAAAGGGUGGAAAGAAUUCUUAACCAAAUAAUUUUAAACUCAGAAUUACAAAA